CCACAUGGACACCAAAGGAACCUACAGAACACCUGCUGUGCUGUCAUGCAAAUUCGAUAUGGAGUGUAGAAUUUUUGUCAGAAUUAUUAAAAGUUUUCUUUUUUUAAAAGAGAGCUGUAUGUCAAGACAUAAACUGGUUAUAAAAUUAUAUUCAGGCUUGUAGGUAUUUGAUAACACACACUAUAGGUCCACAUGUUAGUAGACAUCUGACCAUCACAACCAUAUGUGUGUAUUCUGCAAAAUGGAAGCACAUAAUUUCACUUCACUGGACCAAACCUGUUCCAGUAUGACAAUGCCCCUGUGCACAAAGCAAGCUCAGUGAAGACAUGUCAGGGUUGGAGUGAAAGAACUUGAGUGUCCUGUACAUGACUCCCUCACUCUUGACAACCUGAGUACCAACAGUGAUCUCACUAAUGCUGAAUAAACACAAAGCCACGCUCCAAAAUCUAGUGGAAAGCCUUUUUGUAAGGUUAUAAGUGCAUCAGAAAUGGGACCUUCAGCAGGAUAGAUGAUUCAGUGUCCACACACUUUUGACCAUAUAUUUCAUCUGGUUAUAGUCUUCAAGAGGGUGAACCAUACGGAAAUUCUUUCCAAGUUUGCACUGUCCAGACAGUCAGGAAAAUCGAUGUCAUAAAGAGAGUCGCUGCCUUGAGGACGGUGGUAUAAUCAGAGGCUAGCCUUGCAGCAGACUGGGAGCGCUGUGGUCGGAGAUUUACUGCACAGCGAUUUACACACGGAGACACAUCCCUGAAAUCAGCUGUGCCAUGGACCUCGUUUCUGAUGCUUGCUCGGAUGGUUAACAUUGAUCCAGGAGGGAAUGCAGCAAUGAGACAUCCAUCAGGCUCAGAAGAAGCUGCGUCUGAGUCACUCGUAGAAAGCGUCCUCAGAUCAUGGCUGAUUUGGAGCUGAACGCAAAGAUCAGUGUGACGUAACGCAGCCCUAAAGCAAUGCUGUGCGGCUUCUCAAACCUCGCUGAACUCUGUUGAGAGAAUGAGGCAAGCUGUGAGCGCCACACUCUCUGUGUGGGGCGAGAGGCGCUUGGGUUACACCACUCUAAACGACUCCAGGGAGGCGCUGCUGGAGGACAGCUGCCUGAUGCCUGGGCUUAAAGAGGACUCUGUUGUGGAAGAGAAGGAGCUGGCAGAUGGUGAGCAGGAUGAACAGGAGGCAGUGGUGGGAUCCUCACCAUCCACGCCUCCGGCACUGGCCCAAGGUGACGGAGCUGCACCCGAAAAUCUGGAGGAAAACACGUUGUCGUCGGCUCUCAGAUCCGAAUUGAAUUCAGGUCGUAGAGGCAGUGUGAACAUAACCUCUCCAGAGAAUGGAUCCACCACCGUGAGAAGGGGUUCUCUCGGUGCCCUACUUGUGCAGCGUUGCAGUUCUCUAGGCUCUACAGCCCCUCAGUGGGUCCCAGAUUCUCAGGCACCUGUGUGUAUGAAAUGUGGCUCCAGAUUCUCCUUUACAAAGAGGAGGCACCACUGCAGAGCCUGCGGGAAGGUGUUCUGUGUGGUCUGCUGUGACUUGAGAUUCAGAUUGACUCACCUGGGUGGAAAAGAGGGUCGGGUUUGUGUCACCUGUCACGCUACUCUCAUUAACAAGACCCUUCGCAAGGAACAAAAGAAAGUAUGGUUUGCUGACAGCGUUUUAUCCAAAAACGAGACAUCUAGUGCCAACACUACUCCGACCCACAGGGAUUCAAUGCAGACACAUGCACCUGCAGCAGCUCAUGUGGUAUCUGCAGAUCUGUCUGACAUGCCAAGCUCUCCUUGUUUGGAGCAUCAGGAAGUGGUUAACAGUCCUAAAGGGAGCUCAGCUAAACCCUUACCACAUAAAGGGCUUCCCCCUAUCCUCACCUCUACGGGUGUUAAAGGAGAUUACACAGUGGAGGAAAAGCGAACAGAGACUUCAUUGCUAGAGGAGCUAGAGCAAGGUCAAACCGAGCCUCUGGUAUUCGUCCUCAACGCCAACCUCCUGGCCAUGGUGAAGAUCGUCAGCUAUGUAAACCGGAGGUGCUGGUGUGUGACAUCUAAAGGUAUGCAUGCAGUUGGUCAGCCAGAGGUGGUGGUGCUUUUACAGUGUUUACCAGAAGAGAAGCGAUUCCCCACAGACAUCUUCAAUCACUUUAUUCAAAUCUACUGGGAUGCCCAAACAGCAGGAAAGCUCUUGAAUCACCUGAGUCAUUCUCUGGCUGCACGAGGCUUUCUAGACAGUGAGGAGCACGCUGGAUUUCUCUACGUGCGUCCAACAUUACAGUCUCUGGACGGUCUGCCGCUGCCCCCCCAGCCCUUCCUGUUCGGCCUGCUCAUUCUUCGGGCUGAGAGUCCCUGGGCCAGGGCGUUCCCCCUGCGCCUUAUGCUACGUUUGGGAGCUGAGUAUAGAUUCUAUCCCUGUCCUCUGUUCAGUGUACGAUUCAGAGAGCCACUGUUUGGUCAGAUCAACAACAGCAUUAUGAGGCUCCUUGUGGACUUCCGUUUUUACCGGUACACAUUGCCGGUAGUGACAGGGCUCAUGGUCGAUUUGGAGGCACGGAGCACAUGCAUCACGAUCCCUAAAAGCCGUCACGCUGAGCUGCUGAAGGUGCUGAGUAAGUCGAACGAGAAACUGCUGGCGAUGGGCGCUUGCUUUAACGAGCGAGCCGACUCCCACCUCAUCUGUGUGCAGACUGCGGAUGGACAGUACCAGACUCAGGCAAUCAGCAUCCAUAGCCAGCCUCGCAGAAUUACAGGCUCCUGCUUUUUUGUGUUCAGCGGUGCACUGAAGGCUUCAUCAGGAUAUCUGGCCAAAUCCAGCAUCGUUGAAGAUGGAUUGCUAGUGCAAGUGACUAUGGAAACCAUGCUGGAGCUUCGGCGAGCUCUUCGAGACAUGAGAGACUUCACCUUGACCUGUGGAAAACUCCACCAAUCGGACCGACAGGAAUAUGUGCACAUUCGGUGGCAGGAUGAAGAGCCACGUUUCAAUAAAGGCAUAAUCAGUCCUAUUGAUGGAAAAUCUAUGGAAUCCAUCACCUGUAUAAAAGCUCACCAGAGAUUAGAGUAUCGAGCUAAUGGGAAGGUGAUACGCUGGACAGAGGUGUUCUUUCUUCAGAGGGAGGAGCCGUAUAAUGGCCCGAACAGUUAUGCCCAUCAUAACCGUCUGACGGAGCGUCUGGCGCGAGCGUUCUGCCUGGCACUGUGCAAUUCUCUGAGCCUGCUGAAAGAGGACGGUAUGACCAAAUUAGCACUGCGGGUCACCCUGGAUGGACAGAAGAUGGAGUUCCUGGCGGGCAGUAACGGUCAGCCGCUGCCACUGCACUACCAGGACACUCUGAACCAGUCCCUAAGUGCAGUAGUACAGAGUGUGUGCCAGCGUCAUGGACACACAGCUCUUCAGCUCGAGCUCAUUUUUUACAUCCUGGAGGACAUAGCGUAGAGGUCACCUUCUGAAACCUACAUCAUAAAGCACCGUGCUGCUGCUGGGUGCCACAGACCCAGUUUAACCCGCCGCUCACAUACAUUUUCGAAGACUGGAAAGAAUAAAUGGCAGUGCGUAUCAGACCUGUGUUUAUAGAUAAUAACCCAGAUUUCUCACAGAUCUAUCCUGAUUCAGCUCUUUGUGACGGUUCCAUAGACUCCAGCCAUUAGAUUUGGUCCCGACUGAGCCAUGAUGAAAAUUUCCGCUGGUCGCUGUGCAGCUGCUUUGUAGAAAAGUAGGCAGCAUUUCAUGUUUCAAGUGCCAUAUAAAUAUAAAUCUAUAUAUAUAUAUAUAUAUAUCUACAGUUUUUGACUAGUGGACUGUAGGAUGGGUUUGGCGUAGGCUGAAUCGCAUGCUCAACAAACACCAUGGCCAGAGGAAACAGUAAACCAUUCGCUGAAUGGACAGAAUUAAUUCGCAUGACUUUUGCUUUCAGUCUUCCUUAGAUAAAAGUACAGUAGGGGGAUUUUACAAUGAAUCUCUGCUGGUGAUCCAGAUGCUGGUUUGCAGAUAUACAGUUUCCUUCCUUCACUGCGUCACUGUACAAAUACCAUUAUCUCCACCAGCUAUACAAACAACAGGUUUAACUUCCUCUGUUUUACAUGAAACAAGGCAGGUGGGGGUGGCCUGACCUCUGGCCUACAUAAUCCUGCACUGAAACAGAGAAAGUAAAACACUGAACUUAUAAAGAACCAUGGAGGAACUCUUUUACAACCAUUCUAUAGACUUUCCUCUUCCACUGAAUAUGCAAUCAACCUACAUUUCAUUCUUUUGCUCUCUCUCUGUCACUCUCUUCCUCUUACACUCUCUAUCUCUCUCAUACACACACACUCUGUCUCUCUCUCGCCAUCUCUCUCAUACACACUCACAAUCUCUUACUACACUCUCUCACACACACUCACUCAUGCACAACACUUUCACUACAGUCUACAGACUCCCUCACUCUCUCCCUCACUCUGUCUGCCUCCCUCACAAAUACACUCUCUCUCACACACACACACACACAGUCACUCUCUCUUUCCAUCUCUCUCCCAAAGACACGCUUUCUCUCUCUGUGUUACUUACACACUCUAUCUCUCUCACUACACUCUGUUUCAUACACACUCUCAUACAAAACUACACUCUCACUACAGUCUAAUCACUCAUACACACUCAUACACUCACAACAGUAUACACACACUCACUUUCCCUCUUUCUCACUCUGUCUGCCUCAACAGAAUACACUCUCAAAUACACAAAUACACUCUCUCUUUCCAUCUCUCUUGCUCAGACACACUCUCUAUCUCUCUCACUACACUCAUACACACUCAAACACAUAUACAAAAUCUACACACUCACUUUGUCUGCCUCUCACACAAAUACACUCUCUCUUUCCAUCUCUCUUGCUCAGACGCCCUCUCUCUCUCUCUCUCUCUCAUACACACACACACAGUCACACUCUCUCUCUCUCUCUCUCACACUACACUGUCUCAUACACUCUAAACACACACAUAUACAUCAUUACACUCUCACUACAGUCUACACACUGAUACACACUCUCUCUCUUACACACACACUGAACUUUCAGCUGCGCAUUCAAAUCUCCACUGCUCCUUUUCAGCACGAGAGAAGAGAAUGGAGAUCUUGUUGUCAACCCUACAUGUUUAGCAUAACUGAGAUUACUGAAGCAUCUGAAAGCAUGCAGUGGAGACACACUGAAACAAUGAGAUGUUGCUCAACCAACUAAUAUGAAAGCACCAGCCAUAAACCAUACCAGCUCGGUCUGCUCUGAACAAGUGCAACUAACGAUAACCUUCAACAUCGUGUCCAAUGAAUUGUGAAAUUAUGUACAUAAUGUUUGAGGACAUGUAAAGAAAGUCUUGUAAGAUGUUAUGCAAAUAGCAGAAAAUAAUAAUAAUAAUAAUAAUAAAAAAGAAAAGAAUCAUGAAACGCCAAUUUAAAAUGGAAUUUAUUUUGAUAUUUUCAAGUCAUUAUACUUCAGUAACAAAAAUUUAGAGCCCUAUCAAUCCCAUUAGUUCUGACAGUAAACCUAAAGUAUUUACAGCUGGAGCUCAAGUUGUCUUAAGAGAAAUGUACAGUGCUGUUGGUCACUGGGGAGUCUGAGUAAAGAAGGGAGGAAGGGAAUGGAAGGGAAGGGAGGAAGGGAAGAGUGCAUUCACUCAUGACAAGGUGAGCACCAUCAGUGAAGAACACAGCCAGUCAUUAAAUUAUCUCUUCUCUUCAUAUAUUGUGCUCAUUAUUUAUUUUCUAUAGAUUAACAAUUAAAAUUAAUAACAAAAAAAAAAAAUACAAA